AUGACUGAAUCCACACAGAAAAACGGGUUUGGCAGGGCAGCGGUCGCAUUGUCGCGCAGGUGUUUGAGAUGGCCGCGGAGGAAGUUGAUGGGGAUCUUCCGAUCCAAAAAGUCACGACCGCCGAGAGCUCCACACAUGACUCAAUCCGCCGUUCAGCACCAUCGUCACCACGCUACCACCGCCGAGGAGAACUCUAAUGGCAAUAUCGCUGUCGACAAGGAAAUUUUACGCACUGAUGCAAUUAUGUGGGCUCCACAGGGCGUUGUGAAUUCCAGUGUGCCGCAAUUGAGCGGAGGUGAGUCAUCAACGAAGAAAGGUGACAGAGCAAGUGCGGCCGCGACUUCUGGUUCUCCUUCUGCGGCGAUGAAUGGUGGGGUUGAGAAGAAGAAGGAUGAGGAGAAGGGGGUGGAUGGGAAACAAACUACGGAGAAGAAAGAUAAGCCUGAGGGCGCUGCCAACGCGCCGAAGUUGUCCAAUGCAGAGUUGAAGAAGAGGGCUAAGGCUGAGAAGGCUGCGAGACGGGCGAAAGAAAAGCAGGAGCGUGAACAGCAGGCUGGUCCAGCUGCGCAGUCGCAGGCGGGCCAGCAGCCUGGUGGGCCGAAGAAGGGAGAUAAUAAACAGUCGCAGAAAAAGGGUGAGGGCCAAAAGGCUCAGAAGCAGGGCGCGGGACCGGCGGUGGUUGCGCAACGGAGGGGAUCAGUACAUGUUCCUGCCGCAGAGGCCAAAAAGAAGAAGAAGAAGGCUGAGAAUGAGAAUAUUGUGGCUGUUUUUGGACAUCUGCCGUGGCAUUCUCGCCGUGCUGGGAUUGCGGGUGUCGGUAAAGAGAUUCACCCUGCUGUCGUUGCUCUCGGAAUGCAGCUGCGGGAUUAUGUGAUUUGCGGAAGCUCAGCGAGAUGCGUUGCGACAUUGCUGGCUUUAAGAAGGGUUGUUCAGGCAUAUAUUACACCGAUCGGCACGUCCCUCUCUCGCAAUCUGACCACGUACCUUUCCCACCAGAUUAACUACCUGACGACGUGCCGUCCUCUCGCAAUCAGUCAAGGAAAUGCCAUUCGUGCGUUGAAAUUGGAGAUCACAACCAUUGAUCCUGGUGAUUCUGAAGAUGAAGCGAAGCAACAGAUUUACGACUAUAUAGACAACUACAUCCGUGAAAAGUAUACUGUGGCUUCUCAAGUAAUCGCCAACAGCGCUGCAGAGAAGAUCAAAGAUGGGGACGUUAUACUUUGCUAUGCAAACAGCAGUGUCGUUCAAAAAGCCCUGCUUACAGCGCAUGCGCAAGGCAAAAAGUUCCGCGUUUUCAUCGUUGAUACCCGACCUCUCUUCGAGGGAAAGAAUCUUGCUCGUACACUAUCCAAGGCUGGCCUGGAGGUGCAGUACUCGCUUAUCAACGGAAUCGCAUAUGCUAUCAGGGAGGCAACAAAGGUAUUCCUAGGCGCUCACGCCAUGACCAGCAAUGGAUGCCUCUUCUCAAGAGUUGGAACAGCACUCGUCGCAAUGUCGGCGAAGGAGAGAGUGGGAGGUAUUGAUAUUCCUGUCAUCGUAUGUUGCGAAACAGCCAAAUUCACGGACCGUGUUGCCCUCGACAGUAUCGUCGUGAACGAAAUCGCAGAAGCGGAUGACUUAGUGGGUAUCGAACCGUCAGAACAAGUUACCCAAUUAUCGCCGCCCACACCCGCACCAACUAGAAAGGGUGGUUCUACCAAAUCCGCCGGAGCGAAUGCAGAUACCAGUUCACUAGCCUCGUCGCUUGGCCCUACAUCCCUGGUGACUGAUCACAAUCGGCCGCUGCAGAAUUGGCGAGAGAUGAAGCACCUACAACUGCUAAAUAUAAUGCAUGAUGUUACGCCGGCGCAAUAUAUUGACAUGGUCAUCACAGAAAUGGGAAGCUUACCUCCCAGUGCUGUGCCCAUUGUGCACCGGAUGAGUACCGAAUCCGAAGACUCGAAGCACUAUUAAACGCGGUGCAAUAUAUGACUAUUUUGGUCCUUUCCUAUUCUUCAGUUCCGAUAUUUUUUCGUAUCCUGUCUAAGCUGGAAUGAUUCUUUCUUUUCUGAGAGUUGGGACCGCGGCCUUAGGACCUUUCACCUCUUUUUGAUGUAUGUAUCUACGUAGCCGUUUCAAAAGUUCGGCGCCGGGGAAAGGAUUGUUAUUUAUACUGGGAUCGCUUUAGAUGCAUGAUUAGCCACAAGGUAUAAUUGAACGGCUGAGAUUUAAUGAC